UUCACGAGCGGCGUUGUGUUUACAGGCAGACUGCAGACGGAGAGACGGAGACAGUGCGCCUACCUGUGCUGUGUAUUCAUGUCGUCUGGCUCCGCUAACGCAGUCUUGCUCGUCUGUGCAGUUGGAUAUCUUCAAGGGAGCGUUCAAUCCAGCCGGGAGUCUCUAAAUUUAAAAGUAUUUACCCUCACGUUAGUGGCGGCGAUGAAUUGCAGCCACAACAACAACGCGGUGAGUCCGUGCACGAUGAGCGGCUGAGAGGAGGAGGAGAAGAGGGAGGCUGCGGUUUGAAAACCGCACUCUGAAUAUUUUCAAACAAACUCAGCUUCUUCUUAAUUUUUAAAAAAUAUGUCACCAGUCAAGAUUUAGGAUUAUUUUCUCGCUGUUGCUGGCCUUAGCCCAUUCUGUGGCUCUUAAGGAGGAUAGUCCACAGCAGCGUGGACGUUAUGCGUUCCCCCCUCAGACAUGGAGUGUGAAGAUGCGGAUUACAGAGGAAUCCCCACCGAUCGUUUAGCCGAAUUGGUUCCACCGCCUUCACCUACACAGGGUCUUUUUCACCAGCGCUGAGGAGGGGGAUGUGGACACUUUUAUCCCCGGUUGGGUGUUAAAGCGGUGAUUUUCCUAGCGGCACUUGUGAGCGAGCUAACAGUGCUAGCUUGUUAGCGCUAACCAUUAGCUCCAUUAGCCGGCUAACGGCUAAAAGGCGCUGGCUGAAGAUUUAAAGGCUUUUUUUUACCCCAACAAAGGAAAAACCUGAGUGAGUCUCCACGGACCAUCACCAGUUUAUUCAAAGGUGUUGGGAGGAUUUAACUUCCCCAGGAAUGAGGGCUCGAAUGGAAGGAAGGAGCCGCUUGACCUUGUUUUGGGGUCUGAUGCUGGCUGUGUCGUCCUGCCUCCGGCCCGCCGCCGCAGAGAUUUGCGGUCCCGGCAUCGACAUCGGAAACGACAUCAGCGAAUUCCGCAGUUUGGAGAACUGUACCGUGGUGGAGGGCUACUUGCAGAUUCUCCUCAUCGGCGACAAGAACAACAACCAGGAAGUUUUCCGCUCCCUCAGCUUCCCCAAGCUCACCAUGAUCACCGACUACCUGCUCCUCUUCCGAGUGUCCGGCCUGGACAGUCUGAGCACGCUGUUCCCCAACCUCACGGUGAUCCGCGGCCGCAACCUCUUCUACAACUAUGCCCUGGUCAUCUUCGAGAUGACCAGUCUGAAGGACAUCGGCCUGUACAACCUGCGGAACAUCACCCGAGGCGCCAUCCGUAUUGAGAAGAACCCCGAGCUUUGCUACCUGGACUCCAUCGACUGGUCGCUCAUCAUGGACGCCGAGUUCAACAACUUCAUCGCCGGAAACAAGCAGUCCAAGGAGUGCAGCGAUGUGUGUCCGGGCAUCAUGGAGAACAACCCGCAGUGCAGGAAGACCAUGUUCAACAACAACUACAACUACCGAUGCUGGAACUCCAACCACUGCCAGAAAGAGUGCCCGGAGAAGUGCGGGAGGCAAGCGUGCACGGCGAACGGCGAGUGCUGCCACCCUCAAUGCCUGGGCAGCUGCACCGCUGCCGGCAGCGACACGGCCUGCGCCACGUGCGUGCACUACUACCACCAGGGGCGCUGUGUUGCUGACUGCCCUCCUGGCACCUACAAGUUUGAGGGCUGGCGAUGCAUCAGCGCCGAGCUCUGCUCCAAAGUCCACCUGCCCGACUACGACAGCUUCAUCAUCCACGAGGGAGAGUGCAUGUCCGAGUGUCCCUCGGGGUACACGCGCACCUCGCCCGACAGCAUGUCCUGCACGGCCUGCGACGGUCUGUGCGAUAAAGUGUGCGAGGAGAAGGUCAUCGACUCCAUGCAUGCCGCUCAGUCUCUGAAAGGCUGCACGGUUAUCAAAGGCAACCUGCAUAUCAACAUCCGCAGAGGCCAUAACAUGGUGGCAGAGCUGGAGAGUUUCACAGGUUUGAUCCAGAGGGUGACGGGCUACGUGAGGAUCAGACACUCGCACACCCUCAGCUCGCUCGCCUUCCUCCGCAGCCUCCGAUACAUCGACGGGGAGGAACUUUUGGACGACAUGUACGCCUUCUACGCCUUCGACAACCAGCAGCUCCAGUAUCUCUGGGACUGGAAGCAGCACAACCUUACCAUCAAGACCGGGAAGCUGUUCUUCCGAGCCAACCCCAAGCUGUGCGUGUCCGAGAUCCAGAAGAUGUGGGAGAAGACGGGCGUCCGGGGGCACUUUGACGAGAGAGAUUACCGCAACAACGGCGACAGAGCCAGCUGCGAAAACACCAUCCUGCAGUUCAAGUCCAACCUCACCAGCAGCACCAGAAUCAAGCUGACCUGGCAGCGGUACCGCCCUCGCGACUACAGAGACCUCAUCAGUUUUAUCGUGUACUACAAAGAGGCGCCGUACCAGAACAUCACCGAGUUUGAGGGCCAGGACGGCUGCGGCUCCAACAGCUGGAACUUGGUGGACGUGGAGCUGCACCAGGACAGGGAUUCGGACCCCGGCGUGCUGCUGUCAGGCCUGAAACCCUGGACGCAGUACGCCGUGUUCGUCAAGGCCAUCACGCUCAUGGUGGAUGACAAGCAGAUGCCCAGCGCCAAGAGCAAGGUGGUGUACAUCCGCACCAGCCCUUCAGCGCCCUCCAUGCCUCAGGAUGUGCGAGCCUACUCCAACUCCUCCACCCAGCUUGUGGUGCGCUGGAUGCCCCCCGUCUCCCACAACGGCAACCAGACCUACUACCUGGUCCGGUGGCAGCAGCAGUCGGAAGACCGAGAGCUGUACCAGCACAACUACUGCUCUAAAGAGCUGAAGAUCCCCGUGAGGAUAGCGGCUAUUGGCGUGGGAGACCAGGAAGAAGACACGAAACCCACAAAGUCGGACACGGACGGCGCCGAUAAAGGCCCCUGCUGCCCCUGCCCCAUGUCAGUGCAAGACCUGGAGGCCGAGGCUGCGGACGCCUCUUACCGAAAAGUCUUUGAGAACUUCCUGCACAACUCCAUCUUCACGCCGAGGCCACCGGAUCGUCGCCGGCGAGAUCUGUUCAGCAUCGCCAACGCCACCCACUCACGCCGCCACCGACUGCACACCAACAGUAGCACGACUCCUCCCCUGCAGGCCGCAGUCAACGGCAGCGGCAGCGGCGCCGACGCGGAGCAAGCGGAGCGCGAGUUUGAGUUCAUGGAGCAGGCGGUGACAGAGCGCGAGCUUCAGAUCUUCGGCCUGCAGCCGUUCACUGUUUACCGCAUCGACGUUCACGCCUGCAAUAGCCAGGUGCAGCGCUGUAGCGCCGCUGAGUUUGUCUUUUCCAGAACCAAGCCCGCAGAAAAGGCAGAUGACAUUCCGGGCCCGGUCACCUGGGAGGGCCACGAGGACUUUGUGUUCCUGCGCUGGCCGGAACCGUCUCACCCCAACGGCCUCACCCUCAUGUACGAGAUCAAGUUCAAACUGGGUGCAGAGACUGAGAAGCACGAGUGCGUUUCGGGUCAAAUGUACCAGGCCCAGCGGGGCGUCCGUCUGUCCAACCUGAGUCCAGGAAACUACUCGGUCAGGGUGCGAGCUACGUCGCUGGCUGGUAACGGAUCCUGGACGCAGCCAGUGAGCCUCUACGUGGCUGAGCGAUAUGAAAAUGUCCUCUACGCUGUCAUAUUCGCCCCCAUCGCCAUCAUCCUGCUUAUCUGCGUGCUGGUCGGAGCUCUCUUUGCAUUGAACAGGAAAAGGAACAGCGAUCGGCUUGGAAAUGGUGUCCUGUAUGCGUCUGUCAACCCCGAAUACUUCAGUGCAGCUGAGAUGUACGUGCCAGACGAGUGGGAGGUGGCGCGGGAGAAGAUCUCUCUGAGCCGCGAGCUCGGCCAAGGCUCGUUCGGCAUGGUGUAUGAGGGCCUGGCCAAGGGCGUGGUCAAAGACGAACCGGAGACCCGCGUGGCCAUCAAGACGGUCAACGAGUCCGCCAGCAUGAGGGAGCGCAUCGAGUUCCUCAACGAGGCCUCCGUCAUGAAGGAGUUCAACUGUCACCAUGUGGUUCGUCUUUUGGGGGUGGUGUCUCAGGGCCAGCCCACUCUUGUCAUCAUGGAGCUGAUGACACAAGGGGACCUCAAGAGCUACUUGCGCUCCCUCCGGCCUAAAGAGCAACAGUGGUCGAGUUUGUCCCUCCCGCCCCUGAAGAAAAUGCUCCAGAUGGCGGGCCAGAUUGCAGACGGCAUGGCGUACCUCAACGCCAACAAGUUUGUGCACAGAGAUCUGGCGGCCCGCAACUGCAUGGUGGCCGAGGACUUCACCGUCAAGAUAGGAGACUUCGGCAUGACCCGAGACAUCUACGAGACGGAUUACUACCGCAAAGGUGGCAAGGGUUUGCUUCCCGUCCGAUGGAUGUCACCCGAGUCUCUGAAGGACGGCGUGUUCACCACCAACUCCGACGUCUGGUCGUUUGGGGUGGUCUUGUGGGAGAUCGCCACGCUGGCUGAACAGCCCUACCAGGGGCUGUCCAACGAGCAGGUGCUCCGCUUCGUCAUGGAGGGGGGCUUGCUGGAGAAACCGCAAAACUGUCCUGACAUGCUGUUUGAGCUGAUGCGGAUGUGCUGGCAGUACAACCCCAAGAUGCGGCCGUCCUUCGUGGAGAUCAUCAGCAGCAUCAAGGACGAGCUGGAGCCGUGCUUCUCCGAGGUCAGUUUCUUCUACAGCGCCGACAACAAGCCGGCUGACGCCCCGCCGCUGCACAUGGACAACAUGGACGACGUCCCCUUGGACACGCCCUCCUCCUCCGCGCAGCCGCAGCAGGCGCCCACCACCCUGCCGACGCCGCCCUCCCCGAGCUCGCAGCCUCCACCCGGGCCCUCGCUAGCCCCCAGCUCGCCCUCCACGUCGACGGCCGUCACGGACAAGGAGCCCUCUGGACAUCAGGCGGCCAAUGGCCUCUCGGGGGCGGUCCUAGCGUCGGCGAGUCCACCCAACGGGACGGGCUCCGUCGUCACCAUGCAACAGUCUUUGGACGAACUGCCGCCGUACGCUCACAUGAACGGGGGGCGCAAAAACGAGCGCGCCAUGCCCCUCCCUCAGUCAUCUGCCUGCUGAUUGGACGUCACCAGACUGCAAAACCUCCUUCAGAGGGUUUUUCCGUUUGUUUUUUUUAAGCUGGGUGUGGCUUCCCAGCGAGGAGCAAAGACUCACGGGAAGGAAAAGCCAGUCAAGCGGUCCAUGUUCUUUCUGCUGUAACCUCCACACCUUUUCAUUUCUACCAGCCGGCUGUCGAGACGCAACACUGCCCCCUGCUGCCCCCGAGGGACGUAGCCUCUCACAAUAAAGGCUUUGUUAGUUUUUUUUUUAAUGUGUGAAAAACAAACAAGCGGGUCCUAGGCCUUUAUACAAGACCAUUUUGGGCGGGCAUUAUGGCGCAAACGGAUGCAUAUCUACGGAAAAAGAAGCACUUGAAGAAGUCCGCAAAGCAGAGGGAAGUCUUUUCAUUUUUCUACACCCAAAACGGCACUUUGGAAUAUUCUUCGCUCCGCUCUCCAUUUUUAUUCACCGCUACUUUCUACAUGAAACAAAACAAAAACAAAAAAUUCAAAAAAGAACUUAAUCUGAGCCACAACUCGUCACAAAGUGCUGUUUUUUUGUUUUUUUUUAGUGGUCGAAUCGCCAAAUCCAGCAGGAAAAAAAGGACUGAAGAGGGCAGAGCGGCCGAGUGUCAUUGUUGUAGUAUUAUUAUUAUUAUUAUUAUUAUUAUUAUUUUUAGAUCAGUCAUUAAACAUUUACAGCAUCUCCGCACGAGCAAGAGCAUUUGCGCUAAUUGUUUGUCACUUUUUCUACCUUUUUAUACUGUCGGAGAUCUUGUACAGAAGAAGAAAAAAGCUGCUACUCCUUAUUAUUAUUUCUCUUGUGGUUGUAACAUAGAUGAUCUAUCUAUACAAAUAUAUAUAAAUCAAUAUAUAUGUGUAUAUACAGUAUAUAUACAUAUAUAUUAAUGAGGAGACCUUCAGGUUGAAUCCACAAGCGUUUUCACUGCAGUUUUUUUUUUAUUAUUGUUAUUUUUGAUGAUUAUAAUUGUUGCCUGAGCUGGAUUCAAAGAGGUACGACUUGCCUGUUUUUGUUGUUGUUUCCAAACCCGAUAACUCCCCCCUCCCCAACAUCACCAUCUGGAGGUCAAAAGCCAGACAGGGCCCCCCACCCCCAGCCCCAAAUAAGUCUCAGGUCAAAAGCGAAAAGUCGCAUUUAUUUAUUAUUAAGUUUAUUUUGUUUUGCGCAACCGUCGGGAUUGUUAAUUGCCGUCUAAAUUGUUCACGUGUGACAAGAUUGCAAUUUGUUGAUGAUGAUAAUACGCAGCUUUAAUCCCUCGAGUCCUUCAAUCAGACAAUAUACGCCGUUUGUUCGCGAAUAUACGUCAAAAACUAGCGAGCGACUUCGCUAGCUGCCAUGCUAGCAACGUCCCGCGCGUUCCCAAUCUGUCUGAAUCUUACGUGAUAAUUUAUUACGAGUGACGUUAACGUAACUUUGUAAGACACUAAAAAAAACACACUACAUUUUUCAGCUAGCUCCCAGGUGGCUAACACUAAAUUAGCCGGUUAGCUAAUUCUAUCAAAGCGUCUAUAAGUCGUACAUGUCAAGAAUAAUAGCACUGCGAAAGUAAAGACUAUUUUCUCUAUAUGAGAGUACGGUAAAUGUAUGUUAAUCAUCCCCGCUAACUGACUUGGUGGUGUUUUGCGAUCGAACGCUAGCUACAGCUACGUAGCUGACUUAAAGAUUCAAGAAGUAAUUUAUUUCUAUUCCUAGCCACACCUGUCACACCUGGAGAUGUAAGAUGUUUACUGAAGAAAUGGUUUCAUCUUUUGCCUGGAAAAACGCCACAUUUGGACUUAGCAGCCCAGUUGUUUCUUGGUUAUUUAUGUUGAGUAUUUUUCGUGACGUGUAAAUCACUGUACAAAACAGCCUGAUGAGUUACAUUUCUUUUGGUGCAUUUCUGAGGGUUUUCUGCUACUUUGGCGAAAGGGAAGGUUUCUGUUUUUUGUUUUUGGUUGGUUUUUUUGUUUUGUUUUGUUUGACCAUCCAUCUACCUCACUGUUUUUUUUUCCUCUAUUUUUGUUAUGAUGCGUACUGGAUUGAAAAACAAGCAUUUUGGUUGAAUGUGGAGCCGCGGAGGGCCAACAUCAAACCAAAACCAUCCUGCUCUUGAGCACAGAAACAUGGGGAUCGUUUUUUCAUGGUUAUCAACCCUUUUUUUGUAUCUUUUGUGUCAAAAUGCUGAUGAAGUGGGAUUGUUAUUCUGAUUCUUUACUCUUGGGAGCGCUCUUGUUAGAAAUGAGUCUGCUUGACAACAUCGCCAACUGCGCACAAUUUCUCGCCUUCCCUCGCUCGGUGAAGGUUGUGAAACGGACAAGUUGCCAAAUUUCGAAGAACUGUUUGGGCCAAAAAAAAAAACAACUGGGAGAAUGAAUAGAAUAAAGUCGAGGGGAAAAAAAUGGUAAUAUGACAAGACUAAAGUCCAAACGUAAGCAUGACGUUUUUGCUCCUAGUUUUCUACUUGUAAAAAUACAACUUUAGUAUUAUUUGACAUCCAUCACUUUUUCUCAUAAUAUUGCCACUUAGAUCGAGUAAAAUCUCUGCUUUUUAUCCUCAUGAUUUUCAAGAUUUUUGAAAAACACAACUUCAUAUCGUAAUAUAACGACUUUUUUUUCAUGCAAUAUUUCAUUUAUUUUUGUAAAGGCAUUCGUGGAAAAAUUGAAUGCUCUUACUGGUAACGUUGGCAGUUUAUCUCGAAAAAUUUCGACUUUAUUCUCGUCACAUUACGGCUUUUUUUGUAAUACUGUAACAGUAAGACUUCAUAGCAUCGCUUUUAUUGUAAGUUUUUCUCGUAACUUUCAGACUUUUUGUGAUAUUUUCAUGACUUUUCUAUGCAACGUUAUUUUCCAUUAUUUUCAUAACAACACUGCUUUCCGUAACAUUACAACUUCCUUCAUGUGAUAGUUAAACUUUUUUUCGGAACUUUCGGACAUUUUUCGUAAUAUUUGUACGACUUUUUCUUGCAACAGGAAGACAUUGUUUUCAGAACAAAAUGACUGAUUUCCUGUAACAUUACAACUUCUUUCUCCUGACAGUUCAGAUUUUUUUUGUAACUUUCGGACUUUUUCCGUAGUAUUUGUACGACUUUUUCAUGCAACGUUGAGGCAUUAUUUUCAUAACAACACGUCUGUUUUCCGUAACAUUACAACUUCCUUCUUGUGAUAGUUCAACUUCUUUACCGAACUUUCGGACGUUUUUCGUAAUAUUUAUGCGACUUUUUUUUGCUACUUUAAGACAUUAUCUUCAUAACACACUGUUUUCCACAACAUUACAACUUCCUUCUUGUGAUAGUUCAACUUUUUUUCGUAAUAUUUUUACGACUUUUUCUUAAUUGCAACAUUAAGACAUUAUCUUCACAACAACGCGACUGUUUUCUCGUAACAUUACAACUUCCUUCUCGUAAUAGUUGAGUAUUUCUUGUAACUUUCAGACUUUUUUUGUAGUGUUUGUACGACGUUUUCUUGCAACGUGAAGACAUUAUCUUCAUAACACAACUGUUUUCCCGUAACAUUACAAUUUCUUACUCAUAAUAGUUCAACUUUUCCUCUUGUAACUUGUAACACAACUUUUUCUUGCAACGUUAAGCCAUUCUCUUCGUAACUACACGACUGUAUUCCCGUGGUGUUGCUCUCGUAGUAGCUCAACUUUUUCCUUCACAAUUCUUUUUUCUUGAGAUUUUAGGAGUUUUCCUUGUAACGUGACAUAUUUUCCCCGCAUAGUAUUUGUUUUUUUUCUUGUAACUUAAAAAAAUGCCUUUUCUGUAACACUGCAACAUCUUUCUCUUAAAAUAUCAACUUGCUGUUAUGAUUUCCUGCAAUAUUUUGACUGAUUAUUUUUGUGAUGUUAUGACUUUUUUCUCAUAAUAUUACUUUUUUUAAUUUUUUUACAUAUUUUCUGUUAUUCCCAUAAAAAUAUGACAAUAUUCACAAAAAAUUAAGCCUUUUUCUACUCAGUAUUUUGACAUUCUUCAUGUAAAAAUGCAACAUUAUUCCUGUAUUAUCUUGACAUUUUCAUGCAAUAUUACGACUUUAUUCCUGUCGCAAAUUGAUUACCAUUUUUUUCUUAUGAUAUUACAACUUUUCCCAUAAUUUUCAGUGUGGUCCUAAUCCUCUUUUGCACAUAAUGACAUAUCAACAUAAGGGGGGAAAAAAGGGUUUUUUUAAUACUGCAAUCCAUCUCAGAUAUUAUUUUGUAUUUUUUGCUGCCCAUGUUUCUGUUGCUUGUCCCAAAGGAAAGGAGCAUUACCGUGAGCAUCUGGAGACACCUUCAUAAACGACCCCCUUGACUCGUGUGUAUUUUGGUCACCAUGCCUUUUUGUCUGCUCUGAGGUGUUACGUUAGUGUUCUGCCAGGUAGAAGGAGGUUUGUGUACCAGUGGACGACAUCUGCUUCCACUCGAAGGCAUAGCCGGCUAAUGAUGUGCUCCGGUUGCCAUGGUAACGCCUCCGGGAGCUGAGGGAAUCCGGCAUGUUUUUUUUUUUGUUUUUUUUUGUUUUUUUUUGUCUUUUUCCACUUACUUCCUACUCGCAGGUUUGGAAAGCGAAUACUCCUUUUCUGCCUUUAUUGGACUUGUUGCCAUGGUGAUAACCAGCAAACGCCCCCGUUUCAGGCGCAAAGAUGUCCAGCUUGUUCUUUGGUUCCUAUUCCGUGCAGUAUAGAUAAGGGAUCGGGAUGGGUUUGUUUUGAGUGUUUAUGAUCUGAUUUAUGCCUCAUGUAUUAUUUUUAUUGAUUUUUUUUGUUACCACUGGAAGGCCUCUUAAGAGUGGACAAAAUGAAACAAAAACUUUCCCUUUUUUUAAUCAUUUUGCUGCAUCAAUGGCCAAUUUAUCAGCAGAUUUUUCAUGUAUGUACAUUUUCAUAAACUUCCAGGUUUUUUUUCUUUUGUGUGUUUCUAUUGAAAUGAUCCAUUAGAAUGAGGUUUCAUUUUGGUUUCCUUUUUGUACAUGCUGGGUAUUUUUUCAAUACAUUCUCAAUACUGGAGGGAAAAUGUUUAGCUGAAGGAAAAGGAGAAUGUUUGUUUCUCUGAUUCUUUUUUUUUUCUACGUGAGAUUUAAGAUAAAUAAAAAUGUAUGCAAAUCA